AUGUCUGCCGCUGAGGUCCUCGAGUCCACAUCGGAGAGUGCCGAGGCCGGCAACAUCAGUGUCGUGGUACGUAUCCGGUCAUGGCCAGGGAACCAACCGGGCGACCCUUGCAUCGGGCGAGAGGGAGAUAAUACUAUAGUUAUUGCAGCUAAGGCUGGCAGACACAGUAGCGUCAAAAGCUUUACCGUGCACCAGGUCUUUGACAGCAGUGAUCUGUCUAAUGCCACUUUGGCGAGUCAGGAGGCCAUCUUCUCAAAGGUUGGCACUAGGAUUCUCCAAAACAGUCUACGAGGCUUCAAUGGCUGCCUGUUCGCAUAUGGCCAGACGGGCUCCGGCAAGUCGUAUACCAUGCAUGGUGAUCCUGUUAAGUACUCGAGAGAGUAUCGUGGUAUUAUACCUAGGCUCAGUGAGAGCCUAUUCACUGCUGGGCAAAGCUCAGUCAAAGACCUGAGGGUGUGGAUGUCAUAUCUCGAGAUCUACAACGAGCACCUCAGAGAUCUUCUAGCUGUGGAAGACGAUAAUCGAGACCUCACCGUUAUGGAGCAUCCAGGCUUGGGGGUCUACGUCAGAGAUCUCACAGAGAUUCUGCUGCAGACUCCGGUGGAACUCGAGAAGCUUCUUCAGCUUGGUAGCAGACGCCGGGCGGAGUCGGUCACUUGCAUGAACCCGCACUCGAGUCGUAGCCACGCAGUAUGCAGGAUUCGUUUGGAGUGUCGUCCGUCAGAGGACGGGCCUAAGCUCCGCUCGUGCAUUAAUUUAAUCGAUCUAGCAGGCAGUGAAAGACAACAGAAAACCAACAGUACGGGCUCUGUACUGAGAGAGGCCAACUCGAUUAACCAGAGCUUGAGCACACUGGGUAUGGUCAUAAAGCAUUUGACGGAGCGCGGCCUUGGUGCCUCCAGCAAAGGUUCGCAUAAUGCUGCUGCAUCGUCGUGGAUUCCAUUUCGCUCCUCUAAGCUGACCUUCCUCCUCAAGGAUUCUCUCGCGGGCAACUCCAAGACCUUUAUGAUAGCCUGCAUAAGCCCAUCACGAACUGAGCUCGACGAGAGCGUUUCCACUCUGCGCUUCGCUGCUGCCGUACAGGAGGUACGGGUACCCGCCAAGGUCAACAUCGACAGGAAUGAACAGCUGCUCAAGGAUUUGCAGCAAGAGAUCGGUAGCCUACGUCGCCAGUUGCAGUCACAGGAGUCUAAGAGCUUGUCAUCCGAGGUGGCGAUGUUGAAUGAAGAGUUACAGGAGAGAGAGCGGCUCGUGGGUGACCUCAGGAGGAGUCACGAGAGCCAACUGGCAGCGUCAAAGGAAAUGUUGCGACUGCGUGAGUCGGCCCUAGCUGACAGAGGCCUCUCCUCAUCUGAGAUCAAUGCGGUCUUCGGUGUUGGCGAUGACACACCGUACAUGCUCAAUGUGUCACAGGACCCGAUGCUAUCGGCCUCUCUCAUCUACUACUUCCAGCCCGACACUGUUACUGUUAUAGGAAGCUCUUCUGCUGAGUGUCAAAUGGUCCUCAAGGGUAUCGGCAUGCCCUCUUCACUUUGCCAAGUGGUCAACCAUGCCAAUCAGAGGCUCACCAUAGCACUAACGGCCAGCGGGGUCGAGGCGGGAGGCCGAGUCCUCGUCAACGGCAAAGUCCUUCGUCCUGAGGAUCCACCACGACGUUUACGCCACCUUGACAGGGUCAUAUUCGGCCGCGCCCACUGCAUGAAUUUCAUACUCCCGAACUCACCAGAAGCGAAUAAGGCUGAGAAUGCUGAUGCCCAAGGUGCUCGAUUCGAUGAUUUCGUCAGGGAGUUGAUCCAUGAUGACUCCAGUGAGGCCUUCCAGGAGCUCCGUUACUAUAUUGAGGAGGUCAGGAACAAGCUGGAUGAGGAGCGGAUGGAAGAGUUUCUCGAGGUCCUUAGAAGCAUCUGCCCUCUGGUGGAUGAGGCCAACGAUAUGACAAGCGAAUUGCGGCCAGAUGCGAACUUGAGGUUCGAAGUGGAACUCAUCUGGGACGUGUACAACUCACCAGCACGGGACUUGGUCGUCAUUCGAUUACUCCAGUUUCACGACUCUGAGGAAGAGGACAACGGCAUCCACGCUACGGUCCUGUGUUAUUGGAGUGCCCAGAGGUUCCGUCAUCAACUCGACGUGAUGCGAGAUCUCUAUCACCGUGUACAGAUGGAUACCGUGGAACGUCAUGACGUCCGAACUGGUAGCUUCUUCAACACUAUGGAGGGUCGCUUAUUGGAUGCGUGGAGUGACGAGCCGGCUGAUGUGAAGUGA